AUGAGGGCAAGUUUCAAGUUCAAACUAUCAUUGGAGGUCAAGGACAAACACAGAAGCUGUACAGUGGAAGAGAGACCUAAGAACAGAGGUUUCGAGGGAGGACACACGUCGAGCGGUCAAGCCUGCAAGGACGUUAAGCAAGAGAUGUUGCAGCAUCCGCAAGCCUUAGUCUCUGGGGCACUUUCAGUGCCUGGGACUGAACAACCUUACCAACCCUCAAAGAGCUCGCUCGAGUCUGUCCAGGAGACGAUGAGCCUGUUUGAGGAGGCCCUGUUGAAGCUUCAGAGAGACAGCGGCAGCCUUAUGUUUGGUGGCCAACAUGGAGGCACAGGGCCUACUGUGCCCGUCCUCCGGGACCUGCAGCCACAGCCACAGUCUCAUGCAGGGUCGAGACUGGCAGAAAAAGGUCCCUCAAAGCAGUUCUACUUUGAGAGUGUUUCACAAGAGCCUGAGGUGCCGGGGAGAACAAACCGGUUCUUUCCAUACGUCGCAGUUCGUGGGAGUGGAGCAGAUCCCUCAGAAGCCAUGCGUGGCUUUGGGGUUUCUCAGGGUUUAGCAACGCCUCUCUCUACGCAGAUAGACAUUAGAGGGAGAGGGGAAUCACAGCGUCAAAAGUUUGGGAAAGAGGACGGGAUCGAAGAGCAACAUCAGCUGAAAGAGGCUCCCCCUGAUAGAAAUGUCUCUGCAGAGGAGAAGACGUCGGACCUGGGAGAAGUGCCAAAGCGCCAAGAGAAGGCUGCUGGGGACGCCCUUUGCUACAGGUUGCAUGUGCCGACCAACGGGUCAGGGAGCGACUGGGAUACGAAAGACAGCAGCUCCCCACAUUGGGGCACCUCCGAGGACUGGCAAGCAAAGAGCGGGGGCCUGUCUGUCGGCGGGAAAGAAGACAAGCGCGCGCUCGAGGGCUUUGCUAGUUUCCACCUGGAGGACAGCGAGAGGACAGAGAAAAAGCGCACCCCGUCCGGAUCUGGGUCAGAAUCGGACGGAGCGAGGAGGUCCGGUUCCAAGAGUGGGGGCGAGCACUGCAAAGAGCACGCGGACUCGAUGAGCCCUGAUAAGGCCAGCGUUGGCGUCCCUCAGAGGAAUAAGGGGGGGUACUUGGGGGCGGAUGAUGACGGGGGAAAGGGGAGCAACGAGAGUACGGUGCAGUCUGGACAGAAGCGGAAGCACACGGGGAGCGACAGCAGCGAGUCAGUGCGGAAGGGGGAGGCGAGGGCGAGCGAGGCAGAGAGGCCGAGAAACGAGAAGAAGAGUUCAGGGGAGGAGAAACCCACGGGGAACUUGCGCGGAGGUGCGAGAGACGGCAAAGAGGACCACCAUCUGGGCGGCUGGAAAACGAUAGCGGACGGUCACCAGACCGUCUACGAGUGCCGCUUCUGUGGGAAGCGCUUCCUGGUCUCGCAGGCGCUGGGUGGCCACAUGAACCGGCACAGAGCCGAGCGGGAGAAUGAGAAGGCAAAGGUCCAGGCGAAGGCGGCGCGUGAGGCUGCGGCUUUCUAUGAAAGCCAGCAACAGACCCCCAAGCUCCAUGGGACUUCGAUCCGCAGCCCCAGCACCCCCCUGAACCUGACAGAAACCUCCUACGGUAUCCCCCUGAGCGUCACGUCCAACCCCUCAGUCGCCCCCAUGCCCGCCGCAGCCCUCCUGCUCCCUGGAACCAAACCCGAUUUUCUCGGGGCCGGAGGACCCCCCCAGCAGGGCAACACUUCUCCGAUCACGCAAUACGAGGCGGGGUUCGAGGCAGGGUUUGGCGCGGGGUUAGUGGCGCUCGCACGUGCGGGCCUGCUCGUCCCGGACGCGAUGAUGGCGCUCGGUUGGCAGGGUAUGGGCGCCGGUUCCCGCGGCGGGGGGAAUGACGUGGCGCUCCAGGAGGCGUUCGAGCAACCCCCCCUCGGCGCAGAUUCUGGAAGGGGCCCUCCUGGAGAAACAAUGCAGGGACGCGCCACACCUGGGCCGUCCAAUGUCGGCUCCGAGCCGUUGGAUGCACGGGUGAAACCAGACCAGGAAGAAAAGUCCGGGAGGGGGGGCCCACAAAACCUGCCGCCCGCCGUGAUGCCGGUUUGGAUCGACACGGCUAGGGGUCAGCAACAGGUGUUCCAAGUGGAGGGGGUUCAGGGUAUAGACAAGGGCUUAUACGCUCUGAAACCGGUCGGCGCCACAACGUCCCCUGACUUGUCGCUCGGGCCCUCCAGCGACAACUUCGGUUUCCCGGGGGGCGGCCCUGCCCGGCAAAACGACCCCCCCGAACCGUUCGAGUACGGCCAGCCCACGGCUCCCAAGUCGGGGCCCCGGGGUUUCAGAGUCGGCGAGUUCGGCCCGACCCAAAAACUCCAAUCUCUUGGACCUCAGGAACGCCCCCGGUUGGCCGGGAACGUGGCCCGCGUCGCGCACCCCCUGGUGACACGUGGCGUCAUGGCGACUGCCAUCCGGCCCGGGCUCGGUACUGUUGAGCGGUACGGACUGGCGGGCUUCCGGGCGGGGCAGCCAAAUUGUCUGCCCGUGACGCUGGGUGCGCGCUCGAGUCCGCAGCGGUAUGGGGUGGGCUCGUCUAACUCUGGCAGGCCGGAUUCCGCCGGAAACGGAAUCGGAUUGGGCAUGGGUCCGAAACCUUCGCUGCUGAACCUGAGCGGCGACCGGCCUGACAGCACCGGCCCCGGGCGUUCGUCGGCCGACUUUGUAUCUUCCCCGCCCCUGCUGCGCACCCUUUCCCUAUCCCGCGAACCGCUCGACCUGUACCAGGACUUUUUGCACUCACAGCCGAGCGGAUUGGGUUCACAGUUGGGGGACGCGAACCUGGGCGGGGGGUUUGACGACCAGCUCAGCAGCUUUGCGCAGGAGCACCCCGACUGGCCGGACUACUUUCAGGGGGGGUCUGUAAAUAGCGGGGACGCGUACGGCGCUCCAGGAGAGAAAGGCUCAUCUUAGACCGACUUGUAUUCGAUUGCGCCCUCGGGGUUUUUGCUUUUGUUAUGCUUAUACCGUCUUCUCGUUAGUAGUGGUUCAAUCGACGGAAGUUUGUGGCACGAAGUGGAGGACAGUGAGGGGUCUCUCGUAAGAGAGACGUUGCAUUCAGUCGGCCGAGGUCGCAGGAGAGAAACAGGAUCAGGGCAUUGCGGUCGGGAACCAGUCAAAUUGGAGUCCGAUAGGAAAGCUGGGCGUCAAGUGGGCUGAUCGACUUUGAAUCACGAUGAUAUCUUAGACCACAAAUUGAAUAAGCAAUCGCCUACAAUUCACCGAUCAUUAUAAAGAGUAAGAAUAGGACCGGAAUCCUUUUGAGCUAGGGUGUGCAUUUGCAAAUGUCCUGGAUAACGUGAGUGGGUAGUCCGGAGCUGGUGUAAAUGCAGUUGGGUAGUCGGUGGUAUGAGUGGGUAGUAGAGUAGGUUUUGUGAAACGGUGUAAAUAUCUUGCUUUCCCAGAGCUUUCUUAAAGCUUGGAAUGUAUGAGAUCAUUCAAGCUCUAAGUAGACUUCUGUCUUGCGGACAUUAGCCAUAUACUAUUGAGUUGUCCGGAU